AUGCUUGAAAAGCCGCAUGAGUUGCCGCUCUCGUUUUUCGACGCGGAGCCGCCGUCGCACUACUGCUGCCAGCUCUGCGACUUCCACUGCCAAUGGGGCCACAUAGUGGACUACAACAUGGUAGUUGGCGCGGUGUCGCCCAAUUUAUUGCUUCUCAAUCUGGGCCUCAUUGCCUACGCGCUCGUGUUUCGCACCCACGCCGAGCCGUGCGCCGGCCCGAGCCACGGUCACGUGCGCCGGAUUCUCUGGGCCCGCUUGGGCCAUCUGCUUUUGGGGCUUGCGAUUCUAGCGGUGUUGGUAGCAGGUGCCGUGGUGUGGGUCAUGGCGAGCUGACAGAACGGCUUUGGAACAAAUGGAGGGCGGUAUGUGUCUUCUUUGUGUGGCCCAUUUAGUUUGGCGAAUUGGAUACUAGGCACAGGGUGCGACGUGCGGGCUCGAUGGUGUUUGGCCCGGCCGUGUGGAGCCGGACGUGAACAGGUAAGACUAGCCUCAAUAAAGGAAUACGGGGGACACUGUUGUAAUUCUAAAGACUUUUCUGGAACGAAAAAGGGUUGUGAAGCCGGAC